UUCAUUCAGCACCUAAAUCCUAAACGGGGUUCUAAUGAAAUAGUCGGACAAGAGAAGAAGCAAAAGUAACAUAACGAGGAAGUACCUAAAUCCUAAACGGGGUUCUGAUGAAAUAGUAGGAACAAGAUGGAGAAGAAGCAAAACUAACAUAACGAGGAAGUUGACCGAAAAUGUUCGAGCUGUACAACAUAAAACCGCGGGCACAGAGUGAGGACUAACUAUAAACAAACAAAGAGUGGCGGGAAUCAAACCAGUCCCAAACGCCCCACACGCGAGUGUGUUUCACGCUCCAAAUCCUUCGCAUUACACAAACUCUUUCCCAUUCCUUUCAAGAAAACCCUUUUUCCUCAACGCUGCGAAGCAAAGGGAAAAACAGUGAAGAUGAAAGAUUCAGCGGAAACAGAUCCUAUUGCUGAGUCUCUCAACCUACUGUGUAAACUCCUGGACUCGGAACUACCCAGCGUCACAAACUUCAAAGGGAAAUGGUCACUUGCCCGAGUCAAACUCACCCAUCUCCAAACUCACCUCACCGAUUUCUCCGCCGAGUUCCCCUACGCCUCCACCACCAACUCCCUCUCCCUCCACCUCCUCCACUCGAUCUCCCGCACACUCAACGACGCCGUUUUACUCGCCCGCACGUGCCAGCCCCAAGACCUCCUUAACGGCAAGCUCAAAACCCAAAGCGACCUCGACUCCCUCCUGGCCACCCUCGACCGCCAAGUUACCGACUGCGACAUCCUCUUCCGCAGCGGCCUUCUCAUUGAAAGCGCUGCCGUUUCCACCUCCAAAAGAGAAGCUAUCCGCUCCGCAUCACGAAACCUAAUCACCCGGUUGCAAAUCGGGUCGCCCGAGUCCAAAAUUUCAGCGAUGGACUCUCUAUUGGACCUCCUUAAUGAAGACGACAAAAAUGUUACCAUUGCUGUGGCCCAGGGCGUCGUUCCCGUGCUCGUGCGCCUACUUGAUUCACCCUCCGACAUGAAGGAGAAAAUAGUCGCCGCCAUCUCCAAAGUAUCCACAGUCGAAAGUGCCAAGACUGUGCUCCUCGCAGAGGGUUUACUUCUUCUCAACCACCUUCUCCGAGUACUGGAUUCUGGAAGCGGAUUCGCGAUUGAGAAAUCAAGCAUCGCCCUUCAAGCACUGAGUCUUACCAAGGACAACGCCAGAGCGAUUGGCUCACGCGGCGGAAUCUCGUCUCUGCUGGAGAUUUGCCAGGCUGGCACCCCUGGCGCGCAGGCCUCCGCAGCCGCCGUGUUGCGCAACCUCGCUGCGUUCGCGGAAAUUAGGGACAAUUUCGCGGAGGAGAAUGCAGUGGUGGUUUUAGUCGCCUUGGCUUCCUCCGGGACUGCUUCGGCGCGUGAGAACGCAAUUGGGUGUUUGUCGAAUUUGAUUUCCGAGGCUGACUCGGACGGUUUGUCGAAUUUGAGGGUUAUGGUGGUUAAAGAAGGGGGGAUUGAGUGUUUGAAGAAUUACUGGGAUUCGGGUACUCCAAUUCCGAGUCUUGAAGUUGCAGUGACGAUGUUGCGGCAUUUGGCUGAGAGUGCUGCAAUUGGAGAGGUGCUGAUAGGUGAAGGGUUUGUUCGGAGGCUUGUGGGGGUGCUGAACUGUGAGGUGCUGGCGAUGAGGGUUGCCGCCGCGAGGGCGGUUCACGCUAUAGGGUUGAACAGUGGCAAGGCAAGGAAGGAGAUGGGCGAAUUGGGGUGCGUUUUUACUUUGAUUAAGAUGUUGGAUGGCAAAGGUGUUGAGGAGAAAGAGGUUUCUGCAAUGGCAUUGUCGGUACUGCUGAUGCACCCUGCGAAUAGGAGGGUUUUCCGCAAGGAUGAAAGAGGGGUUGUUAGCGCUGUUCAUUUGUUGAACCCUUCCUUGCAAGGGUUGGAUAAGAAGUACCCUGUUUCGUUGCUCGCUUCGUUAGUGUAUUCCAAGAGUUGCAGAAAGCAGAUGGUAGCAGCAGGAGCUUGUGUAUAUAUGCAGAAGCUUGUGGAGAUGGAUGUGCCGGGAUCAAAGAAACUCUUGGAGAGUCUUGGGCGUGGUAAGAUUUGGGGUGUUUUUUCAAGACCCUAGGUGAUGAUGAUCAACAUGGAGAUAGUCGUGGAUUUCUGUAACAUGGAAGUUCUGAUUAUUCAUUGAUCUGUAUGCAUGAUAGACUUGUUCAGGUUUUCGUCUUCUUUUUGCCUUGUAAUUAUUCAUUAAUAAUUUGUCUUUGUACGUAGAAGUAAGUUUUUCUAAUGAUUUAUCUCUGAACAGAUUGUGUUUAUGUUUAGGAACAAUGAUAUAAAGUACAUGAUUUUGCGACCA